AGUAUAGAGCCUAUUAAUAUACUGCAGUAUUUUUCGAGAUGCAUGAGGACCAUACUGGAAAAUAUUUGAUUUUCCAAUGUUUAACUUUUUUGGUUCUAGGCAGCUGCAUGGAGCUGCCUAGAACCAAAACUGAAGCCUUGAUGCGCUGAGCACUCAACCGGAAUAACCCGGAAUAGUGAUCACGACAUUGGUGGAGUGGCCGUUGGGUUAGGGUUGGGGUAAGGGGGUUUGCCAUUAGUGAUAUUUAUUUGAAAUGACACUCCAAAGGGCAAGUAGGGGAGUUGGUUGUGUGCCACUGUGGUCUAGUGAUCUCAAGACAUACUUUUAACAGACAACAAAUGAAUACAUAUGUUUUGAGAUCUCAUUUUUGUGGCAAUCUUUUGGAAAAUGGAACAUGUGUAUGGAAAUUAUCUUUCUAUAAUGGACAUUGGCACAAAUCGCGAGUCUAUUGAUGCAGCUUUUAAGGAGCAGGAACGUGGUAGACUCACCCACAUCAUUAACCAGUGGAAUUCCAAAAGACUCGAUCUGUUUGAAAUCAGCCAACCAGAUCAGGACCUGAAGUACUACGGUGUGAUGAGAUUUUACUGGGAAGACCAGGUAGCAGGAAAUGUUGCCACCAAGUGCCUGCGUGUCAGUUGCACCGACACUUCCCAGGAGGUCACUGGGACCCUGCUGGAGAAGUUCCGGCCAGACAUGAAACUUAAAGUGGACUCCUUCUCUUUGUAUGAGGUCCACAUCAAUAAAGAGGAAAGACAGCUAGAGCUGAAUGAGAAGCCACUGCUUGUGCAACUCAGCUGGAUUCAAAACAACUGUGAGGGACGCUUUGUCCUGAGGAACACCAAGACUUUACCUCAGAAUACUGAAGAAGUGAAGAAAGAGAAAACAGGUGUCAUCCAGAAUUUCAAGAGGACACUGUCCAAAAAAGACAAAAAAAGAGACAACUCUGUUGGUCAUAAUGACAAUAAAAAUGGAAAAGAGAAUGGACAAAAUGUGAAAAAGUCCACAUGCCAGCAACAGGCCAGUCCAUCUAAAACACCAAACUCUGAUGUUCAUGGGAAGAAGUCAGGAGGACCACAAAAUAAGGCCUCCGGAAGCCAGGGCCCAUGCAGAUCAGAGCGAGCAGGACAGGCUCCCCAAAACAAAGACAACUGCCCAUCAACACAGACGCUGCCAGUCAGCAUUAAGUUAGCAGACAACCAUGAAGAAGCAUUCCUGGUUGCCAUAGUGAGCUACACCAGCUCCACUGUGCACUUCCCCCUGUCCCCAGCCUACGCUUUCUACCUGGUCACUCGCUCUCUGAUUGGUGGCACUCAUGACAGUAUGCACCACAUUGCCACCAUAACAAACAAGAUGGUGGCCAUGAUAGAUACUGUAAUUGAGAAACACAGGACCAUUGCUGUGUCUCUGGCCUUCUGGAUGGCCAACGCUUCCGAGCUGCUGAACUUCCUGAGGCAGGACCGAGACCUGAACCCUCUUACCAGGCCAACUCAGAAAACUCUGGCUCAGCUAGUACACCACUCCUUCAGAUACCUAUCCCAGCGUCUGCAGAAGGACCUUGAGAAACACAUGCCAUCUUUCUUGACUGAUGCUAAGGACCAGACAACCAAGUCUUCAGCAAUAGAGGGAGUGCUGAACUGUCUGGUGCGAGCCAUGAGCUUGUUGCGCAGGUGCCGGGUGAACGCAGCCUUCAGCAUCCAGCUCUUCUCCCAGCUGCUGCACUUCAUCAGCGGCUGGCUGGUGAACUGGCUGCUGGGCUCAGGGCCGACGCUGAGGGGUCACCACCGGAGGUCACCGCUGUGGCUGGACACGAUGCGCCAGCGACUUGCUCUCGUCUCAGCCUGGGCCGAGAGGCAGGGCUUGGAGCUUGCUGCUGACUGCCACCUGAGUCUUGUUAUGCAGGCCAUAACUCUCCUGAGCAUGAAUGCACAGACCAUGCAGGACACUAAGAGGGUCCACGAGGCCUGUUUCAAACUGAAUUCCCUACAGAUACGCACACUGACUGCCAAUAUGCCUACCAUACCACGUGGUAUGAUUGAUAACCUGGUCUCUAUGGCAGAGAUCACAACAGAUAACGUGCUGAAGAGAGAGGGGUGGGAGAUUCGGCUGGAGGUGGAUGUUGAUCUCCACUUGCCUUUCCUCCUGCCCGAGGACGGUUACACCUGUGACAGCAUGCAGGGCAUUCCACAUGGUUUCCGGGACUUUCUGGAGCCCAUCUGCCACAAAGGCCUCUGUUCUCUGAUGUUUCAACCCCUCUCUUCUGGCACUUGGACUGUCUUCUUCAGCCGAACAGACUCUGUGUCCUCUGACACCUCAAACUUGUGUCACGAAACGAACAGCACUGACCUGAUGAAACCUGAUGUGAUGAUGAUUGCUCUUAAGAAACCAUUGCAUCGUGGACUUGGCCUCAGCAUAGUCGCCGCCAAGGGAUCUGGACAGAACAAGCUGGGGAUUUUUAUCAAGUCCAUUGUGAGAGGUGGAGCAGCACACGUGGAUGGCCGUCUGACAACAGGAGACCAGCUUCUCUCUGUGAAUGGACAGAGUCUAGUGGGCCUCUCCCAGGAGAAGGCAGCAGACAUUUUGUUGCACAGCAGCUCUGUGGUGAACCUGGAGGUAGUGAAGUCGGCAGCAGUGUUCUAUGGACUGGAUGACAUGUUAAUCGAGCCCCCUACAGUCACGACCAGAGCUGAAACAACAGAGCAGAUCAGCCCCUGCAAAAAACUGAUGGGGAUGAGGGGAGACCCCAAAGCUACGGUCCUCCUGAGGAACAGAUGGGAGUACCGCUCUAACCCCAACUUGGCUUAUCCUCACAAUGAUUCUUGUGAGAUGUCAGUUGACCCAGUCACCCCAGCCAAUAAGAUCACAUCAGUUUCCACAGGCAAUUUACUGGAGGAGCCUGGCUUGCCCCCCUGCCCUUCUGAGCCUGUGUGGGGACACCAGAGAGACUACCUCACCCUGCCGACACCCAGAUCUCACAGCACUGGACAGCAAAAGCCUGAACAGACCCUCAGCACAGUGCCUUCAGACAGACCUACUGGGGUGAACACUAUGAGAUACGCUCGGUCACAGGAGAACUUAUGUGAGGAGAGACGAUCUCCGUCCGUUCUAGACAGAUCACAGAUCUGGAAAAGCCAGUAUGAUCUUGCCAAACAACAGACCACAAGCCAAUCCAUCGCCAUCCCUGUGCAAUCAAACUUCAGCACACUGACCAGAUUCAGCCACCAAGACCAGUGGAGGGCCUCAAAAACGGGCAUUCUCAUGAAGACAUCCCAGCCCACACGAAUUGACGUCCCAGCCUCACCGUCACACGGACUCUCCUUUGUGACCUUCCGACCGCCAGCGGCUUCUCCAGCAGGAAACCAAAGCCACAGUGGCUCUCAUGCUCUGAUCAGAGCCCCACCGCAUGCUGCUCUGCUUCAGGACCGUCAGGGCCAACACCACCCCGGUCUGGUUCCGUCCUGCUCCACGCUGCCUCGCCCUCGCCUCUCUUCUCUCUCCGCGCAACAGCAGAGGCUCUCCGUCAGACCCCAGACCUCAACCCUCAGGCCAGCCUCCACGCCACCAGCCCCAAAAGAGUCCCCAAGCCAAGCCCUCACUUCCUCACAUUGUCUCAGCUCCACCCCUGCUAGUAGGCAUGCGCAGCAGCCUACGGGUCUGACCGCUGAGUCGCCUGCCGGAAGUGGCCUCUGGCUGGACCCGUGGCGCAGGGAGGAGCGGGAGCGUCUGCAAAAGCAGUACCGCCACCAGGCCGUGGACCAGCUGGAGCAGGAGGUGCAACAGCUGCAGGGCAAGGUGCAGCGCACCCUGGAGGAGAGCGAGCGCCUGCGCAGGCUCUCGCUCGAGUGGCAGUUCCAGAAGCGGCUGCAGGAGUUCCAGCAGAGCGAGAGCGACGAGGACGGGGACGUGGACAUCAGGGAGCACGAGCGGCGGCAGGAGGAGGGGAGGACGGUGGUGGAGACACAGCCAAUGGAACACAGCAUCAACCAGCUGCAGAGUAAAGGUCAUGAAGACAAAGCGGAGGUCAAGAGCCAGCUUAAAGGAGAGAUCAAAGGCACAACAGGAAGUAUUGUGGAGUCUGGCUCAAAUUACAAUGCAAUGAAUGGAAAUCACCAGGGAGGAGACUUCGAUCAAGUGAAGGCACCUGAGAAGCUGUCCUUUAAGGAGCGCCAGAAACUCUUUGCUUUAGCUGUGAGCUCCUAAUGUCCUGUAGUGAAUGUUUUCUCAUCAAGUGGUGUGUAGUCUGUGUGUACAUAAAUGGAACCAACAGUAAUGUGCAUGAGAAUUACGUGGUACAUCACCUGAAAACAUUUGUCAUUGUCUGUUCAACUGUGCUAUAUUGUGGCUGGUGUUCCCUUAAAGUUUGGAAUCUUUUCAGUCUUUGGAUAUUUUUACCUACCUUUUUUUUUAUAAUUUCAUGAAUUAUUAAUUUUCUUAUAAUGUCUUGAAUGUUUUUAUUUACCCUUUUUAUAAUUUUGAUGUACAAUUAAUGUGUCAUGUAUCACUAUGCUGAAACCCGCGGUGUAGAUUUUACUGAAAUGUUCAUCUCUGGACCUGGGAGUUGCCAGUCUAAGACCAGAUGAAAUACAUAACUAUAUAGCCUAGUUUUUAUGUUAAGGCAAUUGUUUUGUUAUUGCUGGAAGUGAUGAUUAAGCUGAUUGCUAUCAGACAUCCUGAGAGAGCUAUUACUAAAAUAGAUUUUGAUUUAAAAGCAUUGACUGUAUGUUUCUGGUCCAAAUGGAGACAAUCAUACAUCAAUCAUAAAUACCUUUGGUGAGAUUCAGUAUAUUGUAAAUGUGGGUGGCAACAGUGAACAUGUGGAGUGCAACAUCAUGUAACAACCAGGCACAUUCCCCAUAAAAGUGUCAGUUCAGUGCAGUAGUGCAGCUUCAAAGAGGACAUAGCUAAGGUGAUUAUUGCUCUUUUCUGGUUGUGGGUGGGUUGCAAGAGAAAAAAUAGUCUUGUCUUUGUCAGCGGCACUCAGUUGCAAUGAAUUGUCUCAGACUGUGCACUUUGAUGUCAUGGUGCUGACACAUUGAAAGGUUAGGAAAAAACUACUGACUGCAGUCUAUUGCAAUCUUGUUCUGUUUUUUUUAGUAGCAGUAUAUUACCAGAAGGGUGAAUUGGAACAACAUCCAGUAAACCUUGAUGUACUAUACAAGGCAAAGAUUCAAUAAAUGAUUUAAAAA